AUGCAAAGUCAUGACCCGGCUCAGGCUCUGCAUUCAUCCCUCGAUGCCUCGAGCUGCGAUGGCCCGAAUGCUGGCUCGUUCGUCAAUCCUUCCUCUCCCUCGCCUCAAGGUCGACAACAUGCUGUUCACGUCCGCUCCUCUUCCAUUCUUAGCUCUUCCAGCAGCGUCUCCAUUCCUUCGCGAUCAUCAUCGUUCAUGAUGAGCCCGGCUGCUGUACCAGCACGACGAUCGUACAUCGUCAACUCGCCGCAGAAGAGCCGCAUCAACACAAGCGCAAGUGCCGGAGUGCCUCUGAGCGCUUCUGACCUGGCCGACACCAUAGCUGGACUCACUCUUGCCGACCAUGCUGAGCGGAAAUCAUCGCAUCUGGCCAGCCAUGCCUCCUCAGCCGAGACUGGUGACAUCAGCAGAGAUGGCUUUGACGUCCGAACACUACAACCUCCAUCGCUUCCUUUUGCGCCGCAACCAACGCAUCCGGCAUCUUCGCCUGAGCUCGGCUUCCAUCAGGCUGAUCUGUUCGAGAUUGGCGAGGAGAUCAGCGACGCUCACGAGGCCAUUCAGCUGAUACAGGGCCACAUCUUCUCAAUUCAAGAGCAACGACACGGUAGCAAGUCGAUCCUUGAUGGACAGAAGGACGCAUCGAAUCAGCUGCCAGACCUUGGACCCGAGGCAGCCCGACGCGCUGGUGCGGACGAGAACCAUGCCCCGCCAAAUGUCCCAUCCCUCGGUGGCAUAGACUUGUCUCUGAUGCAGCUUGAUGAGAAGCUCGAGUCUCUGUCGCGUGUCAUGCAGCAACUUGAGGUUCGCAUUACCGAGCUGCAAGAUCCUUCAGCUGGGGAUAUUGAUGCCGAAGCAGGUGACUCCUCCAUCAUCGACAAGGAGAUGAGCGAUUGGCAGUCAAGAGCUCGCCGCAACAGCAUCGGAAGCAUAGACAGCUUGGGAACACUCGACGAUAUGGUCUUGCCUGGCUUCGCGCCUGCCCUUACACCACGAGCUUUGCGAGAAAAGUACCAAGACCUAUGCUCGGAAUGGACUUCUAUGCAGGAGGAAGUCGACGCACUGAAGAAGGAGCUCGCCGACGACAAAUACCUAGACGUUUUCCGCUCUAUCAGCACACAGGCAGAAGGAAUGAUGGACAGUUUGGACAAGGCUGUUCUGCUGUGCUCCGCCUUUGUGCACCAAGUGCAACGCGAUCACUUGGCUGGCAAGUUGCAUAGGGCGGCUGCCGCCGACGACGAUCUUGACGGUGAAUACGACAUUGAAGCCAAGCACGAAGAGCUCGUCGCCCUGACCAAGACGUUUGGCGUCAAAAAGUCCUACUAUUUGCCCGCGUGUCAACAAGUCUUUCACAGUCUGGAGAAAGGCUGCAAGGAAAGAAAAACCGCCAAUGGCACCGUUCUCCGCCGUCUUUCGGACCUGCGCUCGCGGUGGCGGAGCUUGCGCGACGAGCUCGCCAAGACGGAAAGAGACCUGAAACGAAUGGAAGCCCUUUUCCGCCGCGUUCGAUCUGACAGCAGCGGAUCUUCGUUGAACAAUGAUGGAGCUAGCCCGGCUACCUCAGUUGCAAGCCUCCCACCGUUACCUUCCAAGCUGCGAACCAGUGCAUCUAUGCAGUCCGGACUCGGCCUCGGCACACCUGCACGGGCUUCGGCGCUCUCUCACAGGAAUACACCUUCGUCGUCAUCGUCCUCUUCGCGCGGUGCCAGUGGUCCCAGCCGGUUGUCCAGCAGCUCUUCUAUGGGAUCGAACCUGCCCAAUACUCCACCGGCAGCAGGCACUCUCCAACGGCUUCGAAGAAUCUCGGCUGCGGCUGACUCACUCGCUUUGCAAAACAAAGCUGUCUCGACUCCACCACGCUCAGGCAUCUCGAGACAGUUACAAGUGCCCACAACGACACAGCACGCAGGCAGCAGGCCGUUGGCUGGCUCAGUAUCACCGUCAGCAAUCGACACGCCAAUCCGAAAUCGAGCGACAUCGAUGGCCAAUGCCGCUACUGGUGCUGUCGAAAAGGGAGUUCUUGGACGAUCACCAGCGACAAGACCGAUCUCGAUCGUUGGCGCUCGCAACGCUGUUGGCGGUCGCGAUGUGUCCGGCACACCUAGCCGACCACCACCCUCGAGUUUCAAGUCAUCUUGGCAUGAUCUUGAAAAGCCGGCUCUGAGUCGCUCGUAUGCGGAUCAAAGUCAGUCGAUGACGCGAUCACAGUCGCAGGUCAUAUGGCCUUCGCAGUCAGGAGCAUCGAAACCGGAGCAGGAUGGUGACAACUCGAUCGAAUAUUUGAAGUAUGCUGGAGACUCUUCGCCAACUCGCCCAGCUUCCUCUGCGGGUCAGUACUACCGUCCACCUUCGGCAUCAGGCAAUGUCGGGGAAGCAAAAUCGAGAAAACGAGACUCGAUGAUCCCGCGCCUCGCAGUCCGCAGUUCAGACAGCGCGACGCCAAGUCGACCGGGUUCGGCCAUGUCGCAGGCUUCUACCUCAACGCCGGUGCGCUAUACAGGUGCCUCGAGGAUGAGCAUGCAGACGCCCGAGCCCGCCAUCGUGGCGAGAGCCCAGAGACUGAGCAUGUACGCGCGUGCGCCUUCGACGGGUAUGGCAGGCAUGGGGCAGACACCCAGCAAAAGAGCCAGCAAACCACCGCCGACCCGACGCAACGCAGCACUGGCUUCAGGGCGUGCAACACCGCUGUCGGCAGCUGCUCUGGCUUCGCUGCCAGCGGCUGAGCCGGGGGGUUCACUCAAGAGAUCGAGCAUAUCUAAUAUGCGCUCGUUGCACAAUGGACGAACGACGCCGACGUUCAGCGACAAUGGGUCGGUGGGAGGCAUGUCGACGGGCACAUGGUAUGGACCUGGUAGAGCCACAAGAGGCGUUUCAGGAAUGGGGUCUCGGAUCGGAUCAGGAUCGGUGGCUGGAAGCAGCUAUGGUGGUACAGGUGCGAUCGAGCAGUACAGGGCCAACCCGAACGAUGCUCUUGAUGUCGAGGUAGCGGCCAUCUGCAAUGGACUUGGAGUUGCUCUGGAACGCAUCGAUCCGCCGCUUCCGCGUGGUGUGCGACUGGAGGAGGGUCCGGGCAAAGACAAUCGAGCUCGCUAUGAGAUCGGCGGGCGUACGAUGGCUUGCCGCUUGCUAGAGCUGCAUCGACCGGCAGGGAGCGCAGGCGCUCGAGCCGGCACCAAGGCCAAGAAGAUUCUGGUACGAGUUGGUGGAGGCUGGCAAGAUCUGGAGCAGUGGCUACUAGCUCGACUCAGCUCGAUCUAG